UGGUCACACAGUGCCAAAAGUAGUUUGUUUUCGCCAAAAAAAAAGUCUGCACGCAUUAGUGUUUGCCCAGCUGUGCUGUUGUUAUUUUUUGUUACCUGAAUCCAAACAAAGACGCGCUGCUGCCAGGUUUUAACCCAGUUUCGGGCUCCGCAGCUCGGCAAUGAAAGCAGCUCCGCCGAGUCCAACAACAAGAGCGUCGCACUAGUGGUGAAAGGAGCGCGCAGCGGACGGAAAUUGAUCAGUUUGGUAAAUUGGAAAGUGCACAAAAAUCGCGAACUCAUAACGGUACGUGUGUAUACACACUCCGCAGCUCACGCACACACGUACAUGACACACAUGGAGGCAGCACUUGGUUAAUGCGUCCCGCUUGGAGCAAAAAAAAUAUAGACAGAGAGAGAGAGACAAGGAGCAGGAGCGAUGACUGCAAGGGAGAAUGCCGUCGCCAGCCGUUUGUCCAAGUUGAUGCUCAGCAAUGGCCAAAGCGGGAGCAGCGCUGGAAGUGAGGUGCAUUCGCCCAUUUCUCCCGGAGAACAGUCGCUGGCCCAGUCUGAGCUGAACCAGCUAAAGCGGGACGCAGAUCCGCAGUUCUCCCGGUUCGCCGACUAUUUUGUGAUAUGUGGCUUGGACCUGGACACGGGCCUGGAGCCGGAUCGCUUCGCAGGCGACAAUUUGCACUGCUCGCCUCUGGAUAGAGCAUACAAAAGCAAGCCCCUGGCCCACUAUCCCGAGAAUGUGCCCUGGAACCCCUUUGAUGCGCACGGCAUUUGCAUGCUCUCCUUGCCGCAGGGCCUUCGCUUCCGUACCCAGAAACACAACAUCGAGCCGAGAUUCCAUUCGUUUGCCACCACACGGGAGGAUGGCAAACGUUGCUAUGGCUUUAGCUUGGUGUUCUACGAGGAGAUCCGUAAUAGGAACAUCUGUGGGGCCAUUCACACGCUGCAGAGCAUGUUUAUCACGGAGCUUUCCAACGGCCAGCAGACCCACUCACUCAGUCGCGUCAAGCAGGAUGGACCAGUCAGUCGCUCGCUGCCCAGGCACUUUAAGGUGGCGGGCCAGGCGCCACAGUCCGCGCAGAGCUACUACGACAUCAACAAGGACAAGCUGUAUGUGGCCAAGAGCAUAUCGCUCAUCUGCCAGGCUCCCUACGCGUUUGCUGCUCAGAUGUUUCUAAAGAACCUCUACAGAUGUCUUCCCCGACAGCCUGGUGCUGGAAUCAGCCUGGAAUCGUACGUGUACAACAUACUCUACGAGGUGAUGCUGCCGCAGCCGGGCAAAUCCAUUCGCGUUUACCUUCCACCCACGGAGCCGCAUCUGUCUGCCAUUGCCCUCAUACUUCAGCGUCCGCUACUGGCCACCGAACUGCCGCUGCUGGACUUUCCACUGCGCCUGCUUUUUAAGUAUUUAGGCGUGGAGUGCGUUAUUCAGCUGCUGACGUGCGUCCUUCUGGAGAACCAGGUGCUGCUCCGGUCCACAGACUACCAAAGACUUAUGAUAGUGGGUGAGUGCAUUACCUCGCUGCUGUUCCCUUUUGUGUGGCCUCACGUUUACGCCCCCAUCCUGCCGGCCGCCCUGCAUCACUUCCUUGAUGCGCCCGUGCCCUUUGUAAUGGGCCUGCACGCUGAGUGCGAGGCGGCACACAAAAUCGGAAGCGAAGCUACUUUAUGCUUUGUGGACAUCGACAAGAAGCACAUCCAGCUGCCCGAGGAGCUGCCUGUGUUCCCCCACAAGCUGGACUUUAUGGCCGAAAUCGGCUCGGUGCUGGAUAAGUUUGAAAUCGAGGGAGCUCGGGACCAGGAAGGAAGUCUAAGGAAUGGCUAUGGGUGUCGUGGAGCCGGAGGAGGCGUCGGUGGCCCGGUGGGCAGUAGUGGAGUAUGCGGCGCUGAUGCAAUGAUCUCUAGCUGCACCCUGCCCACAGGCUUGCAGGCGGCGCGACGGAGCAAGGAGCGCUUUCAGCAGUUGCAGGAGACGGUUUACACGCUGUCUGGAUCGCCAGGCGGGAGCGGCGGCGUCGUGGAUUAUCAGCCGUUGAUAGCGCAUCCGUCACGAAUAGACCACGUGCCACGCAUCGCUGACUUCCUACGCAGAAAGGGCGGAAUCAGGGGAAGCCAAGGAGCUGGCUCCCCUGUGGGCAGUCCCACCGUCUCGCUUUCCUCCUCGCCGGUUGGCGUCUACCACGAUGUUGACGCCGUGGAUGCCACCAUGCCAAUGAGCGUCCGGCGGGGAGAGAAGCCGAAAUUGAGUGCCGUAGAUCAGUACUACCAGGACCUGCGCAUAAAUAACUCGGUGCGGGAAAUCUUUCUCAAUCGGUUCGUGCACAUGUUCCAUGCCUAUGAGUACUUCGUGAUCUAUCCGAACCAGGCCCGCGACGAGUGGCUGUCCAACCGCGAGACGCUGCAGAACUUCGAUAAGUCCUCGUUCCUAUCCGACCAGCCGGAGCACCACAGGGCCUUCCUGUCGCGUUUUCUCGAAUCUCAAAUGUUUGCCACGCUGAUCGACAACAAGAUCCUGGCCAUGUGGGAGCCGCAGCCCGAUGAGCAGCUCCAGCUCUUCGACCAACGCGUCAAGCUUCUGAGGCGACGUCACGGGGAGAACAUGAUCGCCGCCACCAGCUACGAGCCCUGCGUACUCAGUCAGGAUUCUCAGCAGGGCUUUGAAAAGCGGCUCAACUGCAUCGACAUUGAGGUGACGCCACCAAGCGAGAUUCUGUCCAAUCGGGCGGCCUACUUUCGUAGCUUUCCGCUCCUGGAGAAGGGCGUGCUCAACCAGGAGUGCGCCUCGAGAGGGAACAGCCUGCGGCGGGUAAAGAACGGCAAUAAGUGGCGGGCCAGAGAGAUCUCGCUGGACCAAAAGCCAACAGGUGGCUCAUCCAAUGCCAUAAAUCGGCUCUCGGCUAACCUGACCACGGCGGAUGUGAGUCCGGCCCUAAUUGCCCAGGCUAAUUGGACGUUUGUGGAGCGUCUGUUGAAGGACAUAAAGUCGAAGACCAAACGCAUGCUGCUCGAAAAGAUGGGCAACGAGGCAGUGGCUCUGGGCCUCAAGGGCGACGGCAUCGAGGAGAACACAUUAAUAGCCAGCAUGUGUGAUCUGCUGGAAAAGAUUUGGUCUCACGGCUUGCAGAAUAAGCAGGGCAAGUCCGCCUUGUGGGCCCAUCUUCAGGCCUACCUCGAGACGCAGGAGGCACGCGGUAGUGGCGACGCAGGGUCAGAGGGAGCGGAGCAGACGCUGCCAGUGUCCAGCAGCAGUCCUGGGAGCAAAAUCACCAUUGCAACUGCCUCGCCAGCGAUGGCAUGGAAUGCAAUGCGCAAGCGCAUGGACUAUCUCUCUACAUUCCAAACGGACUUUGAGACUCCGCCGAGUCCCAAUCGAAGCCGCUCUCGGGAUCGCAACAAGUUCGUCGGCUUAGAGCAGCUGUGUCCUCUGCCGGAAUCCCUGGAGUUUGAUGUGAAGAACGUGCUGGCCAUGGCGGAUAUUAAGACUCAUAUUGGCUAUACCCGCGCCUGGGUGCGUCUGUCGUUGGAAAAGAAGCUGUUGUCCCGCCACUUCCGCACGCUGCUGUCCGACGAGGGCCUACUGCGCUCCCUGUACAAGCGCUCGGCGUUCCUGCGUUGCGAGGAGGAGAAGGAGCAGUUCCUCUACCACCUGUUGACCCUCAACACGGUCGACUAUUUCAGCUUCACGAACAUCUACCCCACAACGAAGCUGCCCUACCGCGUCGUGAUCUUCCCCUCCCGCAAGUACGGCUCCUAUCACACCUCCAGCAAUGUCUGGAUCAUGGUUUCGGGCACCAUGAACGAGACACAGCGAGUGCCAGUCCCCAAGGGAUCCCUGGAGUUUAUCUUUCACUACAAGAACCUGGGCCUGCUGACAACCAUGCGCAUAGGACACGACAACUCGGGGCCCAGCCACAAGUGGCUCGUCGAGCAGGUGGUGAUGCGGAAUGAGGUCACCGGCCACACCUACAAAUUCCCGUGUGGCCGUUGGCUGGGUCGCGGUGUCGAUGACGAUUCCACAGAGCGCUUGCUGGUAGGUCAGCGGGUUUCGACGAACGUCAAAAACGCCGAACUGGUUCCGGGAUCUGACACACGCACCCCGCCGCGUACACGGAGUCCCAGCGUGCAGCGCCAGGAGUCGCUGUCGCCUUCGGAGAUCCAGCAUAAGCUGGGCAACUGUGUCAACGUGCUGGUCAAGUGGCACUACAAACCCAGCCGGGACCGGGACGUGGGCACACUGACCAGCCUGCUUUGUGGGGACGACGGGCUGGUCAAGUGUCUGGAGCAGGUCUUCCUCUGCGGCUUUCGAUCGGCGCGAUUCUUUGGACGCAAUCUGUACCUUUGGGAUUACUUUAGCAAGAUCAAGGAGUUGUUCGAACAGAAUUUGCAGCUGGAGCUGGAGGACUCGGCCUCGAGCAUAGACUCUUCGUUUAGCAGCAGCAGCGACGGUAGCACCCUGCAACGCCGCGAGAUCUCUGGCAUCUGGCGACUUUAUGUGCAGUUGAUGGACGAGAUCAACGGGACAGCGCUCGGCAAGGAUGGCAAGUUUCAGCUGUUAAUCUGCCUGAGCCUGCGGGAGCAUCUCCUGACUCGCCUGAUCAAGCCGAUGGCCCUUACUAAGAUCACCCACGAGAUGUACGAAGAGGAAAGCUUUCUGCGGCGGCGCAACCUGCUCACCUUUCUCAUACAGAUCCUGGAGCCGCUGGACGACUGCCACAUAGUUCUAGAGAACUCGAUCACGCAGGGCAUCCGCAUACCAUCCCAGUGCUAGCUUUUCUCACCCUGCUCUCCACUUCAUCCAAAAUACUCAUCAUCCCACACGGACAUUUUGCAACCAGUGACCUAGAGAAUACUCAUACACAUACAUAUAUUCUUGAGGAAUCUCGGAAAUCUCGAAUUCGUUGUUAGCUUUAUUUAAGAACAGUCACCCCACUCUCCUGACUGCACCCAACUCUAAUCCUAGCCACCACUUGCCAUUCGAUCCAAUGAAGGGGGUAGGGCCCAAUCAAAGCCAAAGUUGAACACGGGAAUUUCCUGCAAUCGAAUUUCAGAGACAUACUGUGCAAUUAGACAGAUGUGUUUACUACUACAAAGAAAGAAAAUUCUUAACUGUUGUUCAAAGAUCCAAAUAUAUAUAGAAAUGUAUGAAAGGCCAGGGGUAGCCAGUAGAUAUAAGAGCCCUUUAAAUAACGUCCUCUCCAGUCAAUUCCCCCGGGUUUUGUUCAAACUUUAAUUGUGGCUUGUUUUAUUUUUAAUUAGUUACCAAAGAAUCUUUGUUUUUUUAUUAUCGCUUAUGCUAUUUUUAUAAAGUUUAAGAAUGGGGCUUGGGGAAAAUCAGUCCCAAGGGUGUGUAUGUUCAAGCUUUAUUUUCACCUUACAUUACUCAGCCAAAUGUGUUUGUGCAGCUAUAAAUAUACCUUAAGAGACAGACACUGAGUCAUUAAAUACACAAAAGACAGUAAUAAAGUUUGAGAGUUGUCAAAAUUGCAAAUAAUUAA